AUGGCUUUUAGAAAGCUACCGAUGCUAACGAAGAAUGCAAUAUCAGCGACGGCUCUGCCGAGAGAGAACAGCGCCAGGGAGGCGGCGGCGGUCUCGCUGAAAGCUGGAUCAUUCUACCCCACAGCUAUACACCUGCUUGAUCGAGCCCCCCCGGACCCGGAGGCGUCGCAUCAAAUCGAGCCCUCAUUCGAGAACACGGUCAUCACUGUGGCACUGAACCACAACAUGACGCUCUGGCUGCUCUGCUACUACGACCAGGAGCUGUGCAACCCCCAAGACUCGCCGGUCCCGAAGCGGCCGGUCCCGGCGCCCUUCUUCCGGGGCGAGGACAGGCUACGGAUCGACCGCAUGUGCUACGUCGUGCUCGUCGACGCCAUCGGCGCAGACCUCUCUAAGACGGCCGAGCGGUUCUACCCCGCCAUCAUCGAGUCGCGCGUGCUGCUCGACGUGGGUGUCUUAUUCGUCGAACACGCCCAGAUGGACUCGUGGCAGGCAGAGAGAACCUACGGCACGUCGCGCGCCGGAUCACAUCUGCUAGACCGGACCCAGGCUCCGCCCAACUACCGAGACGACGGCCACCAGGUGCCAUUAGAUGACGGUAUGGAGUAG